AUGGUGGAUACCAAUGGAAACGUCUUCCAGCUUCCAGAUUAUACUAUUGGAGACAUCCGCAAAGCCAUCCCGGCGGAAUGCUUCGAACGAAGUGCACUGCGUGGACUUGGCUACAUCGUCAGGGACGUCACCCUUCUUGCGGCCACAUUCUGGGUAUUUCACCAUUAUGUCACUCCAGAGAAUGUACCGUCAGUCAUCGCCCGCGGCCUUCUUUGGACAGUAUAUGGCUUUCUGAAUGGCUUGUUUGGUACCGGGCUAUGGGUAAUGGGUCAUGAGUGUGGUCAUCAGUCGCUGUCCACUUCGAAAGUUCUCAACGAUACGGUUGGUUUCAUUGUGCAUUCGUCGUUAUUAGUACCGUACUUCUCUUGGAAGAUAUCUCACGGGAAACAUCAUAAAGCAACAGGGCAUAUGCAACGCGAUAUGGUAUUCGUGCCAAGAACACGAUCGGAGUUCGCCAAACGUACCGGCAUCGCGAUCGAGAAUCUAUCCGACGUCGUUGAGGACGCUCCGCUGUACUCAUUUCUCAUGAUUUUCGCCAGGCAGCUCCUCGGAUGGCCGUUCUAUCUCCUUGCAAAUAGGACGGGUCACAACUAUCACGACAGGCAGCCUGAAGGUCGUGGGAAGAACAAAACAAAUGGAUGGAGUGGUGGGGUUAAUCAUUUCAGUCCUAGCAGUCCCCUCUACGAAGCCAAAGACGCCAAGUGGAUUGUCGUCAGCGACAUUGGUGUCAUUGGGGCGCUUGCAGCUCUGUAUUCGAUUGGAAGCACAUUUGGCUGGUCCAAUCUUGCUGUUUGGUACCUCUUGCCAUACUUGUGGGUCAAUCAUUGGCUAGUUGCGAUCACAUACCUUCAGCAUACCGAUGCCGCACUUCCGCACUACGAUCCUCAAGCAUGGACAUACGUCCGAGGAGCUGCAGCCACGAUCGAUCGCGACCUAGGUUUUGUCGGUAGACACCUAUUCCACGGUAUUGCUGAAACACAUGUGCUACACCACUAUGUUUCCGUUAUACCAUUCUACAAUGCCGACAAAGCAAGCGAAGCUAUCAUACCUGUCAUGGGUCAUCAUUAUCGCUCAAACACAAAAGACGGGCCUGUUGGCUUUGUAAAAGCGCUUUAUACAACCUUCAGAGAAUGUCAGUGGGUCGAACCAACCGAGGGUGUUGAAGAGGAUAUGCAGCAUGUACUGUUCUAUAGGAACAACAACGGGAUCGGUACCAGACCUGCGACAAUGCGUACCUGA